ACCAGAGUCCGCGGAGCGCGCAGUAUGGAUCCGUUACGCAUUACGCACUGUGGCGUCCUGUCUGGCACAGAUGGUUCUCUGACCGGUGCGAAGACAUCAGCUCUGAAAAGCAGGCGCCGCGGUGACAUGCAGUAAAAACGAAAGUCCAAGGUCUCAGUUUGUCUCUUGUCUUAAUGUAGAAGAGCGGGACACGAGUGGUUUUUGGACACUUUUUUUUUCGCUCCGCUCCGACGCACAAACACACUUCUUUUUUUGGGGACGUAUUAUUUUCUAACGGGAUAUCGUCUCCGUUUGUGAGUGUUUACUAUAUGUGGAUACUUACUCGGGACCAUGGGAGACUCCGUGUUCCUUGACAGGCAAAAUUCCUAUCUUGGUGAUUUCACCUGGAGCAGCCUGUCAGGGCGGAGCGUGCGCCUGACGCCAGUCGCCAUCCAGAGCCUCUCGGAGCUGGAGAGGGCCAGGCUGCAGGAGGUGGCCUACACCCGUUUGCACCAGGACUACGACCUGGGAUGUCAGAUAACCAUGCCAAAAGAUGGACAGAAGAGGAAAAAGUCGCUGAGGAGGAAGUUGGACUCUCUAGCAAAGGAGAAGAGUAAAGACAAAGAAUGCAUACCCCAGGCCUUCAGCAUCCCGCUCUCCCAGGUCAUCGCCAAUGACAGGACGCACAGGCAGCGUCAGGACAGCUAUCGUCAGGACCAUCCACAGCGGGAGGAACACAAGGACUCCUCCGAUCUCGUCUCAUCCAUUUUACAGUUUGCCACCAAGCGGCCGUCCAAUAAGGAGCUAUCCAGCAGCAACUCCUCUUUGAGCUCCACGUCGGAGACGGCCAACGAGUCAACGUCGCCCAACACGCCCGAGGCAGCACCGCGGGCGCGCAGGAGGGGAGGCAUGUCAGUGGACUCCAUCACGGACCUGGACGACAACCAGUCCCGCCUGCUCGAGGCCCUGCAGCUCUCUCUGCCGGCCGAGACGCCGAGCAAGAAGGAGAAGCACCGGGACAAAAGGCUGAGCCUCAAUCCCAUCUACCGCCAGGUGCCCAGGGUGGUCGACAGCUGCUGCCAGCACAUCGAAAAAUACGGUCUGCAGACUGUGGGGAUCUUUCGAGUGGGCAGCUCCAAGAAGAGAGUCCGACAGCUACGUGAGGAGUUUGAUCGCGGCGUUGACGUCCCGCUGGACGAGGAGCACAGCAUUCACGACGUGGCUGCUCUGCUGAAGGAGUUCCUCAGGGACAUGCCUGACCCCCUUCUCACCAAGGAGCUCUACACGGCCUUCAUUAACACCACAUUGUUGGAUCCAGAUGAGCAGCAGAAUGUCACUCAGCUACUGGUCUACCUGCUCCCAGCAUGCAACAGUGAUACUCUGCACCGCCUCCUGGAGUUUCUUUCCACCGUGACCGAUCACGCCCACGACCGGCAGGACAAGGACGGGCAGGAGAUCACAGGGAACAAGAUGACGUCGUUGAACCUGGCCACCAUCUUCGGGCCCAACCUCCUCCACAAGCAGAAGAGCUCCGACAAGGAGUUCAGCGUCCAGAGCUCGGCCAGGGCCGAGGAGAGCACGGCCGUCAUCGCCGUGCUGCAGAGGAUGAUCGCCAGCUACCAAACCCUCUUCCUGGUGCCUCCUGAUCUGCAAAAUGAGGUUUUGAUGAGUCUGUUGGAGACUGAUCCAGAUGUGGUGGACUACCUCCUGAGAAGAAAAGCAUCGCAGAGCCCCGACCUGCUGCAGACGGAGGAGCCCUUCGCCCUGAGCGAGCGCCGGUCCUCCAGCGACUCCAACAAGGCCUCCAGCGGCGAGCUGUCCCCUUACGACAACAACUCCCCGGUCCUGAGCGAGCGGAGAGGAGAACCGGGGAGCCCGGGCAGCGAGCAGCUCUUCCGUGUCCCAGAACAGUACACUCUGGUGGGGCAGGUGGCCGGCUGGAGCAGGGAGCCUGGAGCUGACCCUUGGGGGACCAAAGACGCCGUAUCAGAGGAGCAUGCUAACAUUUGGGGGACGUGGCACACGACUCUGAAACCAAUACUCAAGGACCAACCGUACGCAGGUUCCCAUGGCAACAUGUCAGAGGGAAGCUCGCGCAGCUCACAGGAAGGUCUCGACGGACUCCAUGGCGACGGCAGGCAGCAGGCAACGCUGCAACGGACUCAGACGGCGCCUGGCGUCCCCGAGUGCAGGCCGCACCCCCCGGUCACCAGGGUGUGUACCAGCCCACACGUGGAUGCGGGACAACCACGCCUGCAGCUCAGCGCCAACCCCUCUGUGAAGCCACACCCUAACAGCACGCACGGUCCACAUAGAGCAGGCGGGCACGGACUAAACCCGACCUCCAGACCUCAAGGCGGGGCGAACACUGGCGACAGUGGCCCUGCUAUGCUCAACGACGGCCACUGCCCUCCCCCUUACAACGCCCACCAUCGACUGGCCGGUUCGCAAAGUUCACCUCAGCUCGCGGCAGCUCAGCGGCCCCCCGUGCAGCACGGGAGGCUGACUGCAGCGCAGAGCAACUCGGCCUCGACGACAGAGGCCCAGAUGGCGCCGCACAGCCCGGAGUGGCAGGACUGGCAGAGGGACCGGUGGCAGAUCUGGCAGCUGCUGUCCUCAGACAAUGCCGACGCGCUGCCUGAAACGCUGGUGUGAUCUCAGACCACGAACUCCAGCUUAAUCCCUGUGGAGUAUCUGCUCUGCUCGCCAACCAAUGGCACCCCUCCAACGACAAUCGAUCCUUUUCCCGACCUUCAUGGUUUCUCCCAGCCUGCCUUUCAUCCAUGGAUUCCAUCCUGUCUAUGAACCUUCUGCUUCUCCUGCAGCUUUAGCGCCAUCGGCGUUGUUGUUUACGUGCUCAGCUGCUGCCUUAUACAGACUUUUACAUCCAAGAGCCACUAGAAUCAUUUAGUAAGGAUGUUGCUUCUGUUUCUGGCCCGUAUGUUUCGUCUGUUAAAAAAAAAAUGUCCACAAGAAAUACCUCAAAAACUAUCAUUUCACAACUCUCCAGAAUGUUAUCAUGACUAAUUUUCCACUCAGAACGAUGUCCAGUCUUCAAAUCUCAAUGGAUAAUAGGAAAACAUUUGUUUUCACGUCAUCGUUUGACUUUGUUUUUUCAUCUUUUUCAGCAUACAGACACUAAGAUGUACAUAUUAGGAAUUGCUGCUAAGUGUAGAAUCUGUGUGUGCGUGCUGGUAAUGUAGUGCAGCCAAAAAGAUUGAAUGUUGAAUCACUUUUCAAUGUCAAAUUAUGUUCGGCUGUAUAUAUACAAACUGUUGACGAACAUACAUAAACCAUACAUAUAUAUAUACUGUAUAUAUAUGUGUGUGUGUGUAAAUUGACAUGUAAAGUAUAUAAUUACUCAAAGUAAGUCAGCCCUUUAACUGGCAGUCCAAGUGUUGGCGUUGGUCAGACUGCUGUUGUCUGUCUUUAAUCCUGAAUGUAUAAUACUUCACUUAUGGCUUCGACCUAAUUACAAAGCACUCAGCUGUAAGUUUGCUUGUAUGCUCUCUCGCCACCUGCUGCCCUGCAGGGACAACGUGCCAAAGUCUCCUCUUUACUUCGACGUAUUUAUCGUGCAGUUGCAUUCGUUUCAUGCGGAGCUUGCGACAGUUUCAGAGCGAGGGGGCUCAUUUGAAGACACACAUUUCAUCGCCAGGAAGGUGUGAGGACCAUAUUUCAGACUAUUCAUAAAGCGACCCAACCAUGAUGCAUGGACAUAAAUUAAGAUAAAGAAAGAUAAUGUGUCAGAAAUGUAUCAAAAUUUGACGUAUUAAAUGUUUUAUCACGUCACAAAUAUUCCAAAUUCUGUCCAUUUGGCUUCCUGAGAUUGUUGAAACACUAAUCAUUUCAGUGUAUGAUUUGACCUAAAUCUGCUUGCAUCAGAGCUAAAUAUGAACAGGAACUUCAUUUCCCAUGUGCAAGGUUCAAAUUCAGUGUAAAUCCUGCUGUGAAUGUCCACUAAACGUAUGAAUUUAGCUAAUGUCCUAGCCUGAUGGUACAAAUCAGCUCUGCAAUGACUGAUCAUGACUUAUGACAACACAAUCCAGCAUAGCAACAGGAACACAUUCACACGUGUGACUCUCUGUCUGAUCCACUUUAACAUGCCCCCCAAGCUGGACUGAAUAUUCCACCUGCACGCAGACCUGUCUGAGAGGCUUCAUCAACUUUUCCAGAAAUAAUCGGAGCUCACAAGAAUUCCAAAUCCAAUCACAGCCAACCUGUGCAAAUGUCACAGUGAAGUGGGUAUUUGCUGGCAAAUAUUUCACAUUUUCUCAAGUUGUGGUAUAAUAGUUGCUCAUUUGAAGCCACCUGAGACACCAAAUGUACAAUUUCCAUCUUGUCUUUCUUUGAAUCCCUUGCAUGCGACCGUGAGAAGGCUCGUGGUAAGGGUGAUGGCGCCAUCUAUUGUCGGACCACGUGCACUAGCAAGUUGCAGUUCAGUUUCCAUGGGACCCGUCUGUGCUCAGCUCAGAAUCAAUUUGCCUGCGAUUGCAAGCACCUUUUGUGAAGGCGUGUAAAUCUGCGUGAGGAAGCGAACGUGCCAUCGGUGUUGCUCUUCAAAGCUGUCGCUCCGUGCAUUGCUCAAGGUUCAUAUUUUGUUACAUUUUUGUAUUACUUUUUUCCUGUCGAGUGUUGUAAUAUAUAAAUACAAUAUAACGAUUUUUAUUCAAGGGGGGGGAAAAGAAAAAGAGAAUAAUCUUAAUGGUCAUAGCUUUGUUUCCACAAACCAACAUCAUAUUUGUCUUAUUGACUUCACCGUGAAACUAAGAGAAACUUAGUGUUCUGGUGUUUAUUGUUGAUAUCUGUGGUGGGGUUUACUGGGUCCAAGUUGUAAUGGAACGUCUGGUAAUUGCUUUUGUACUGCGUGUCAUCAUCAAUAUGCUACAAUGGAAUUAAAUAUGAUAAAGUUUC